GAUCAUCACAAUUGACACCAUUAGUUAUCAAAAUCAGGAAGAGAAAAUACCAGAACAAGUGCAGAAAAGUAUCCUGUGAAAUAAAUCUAAAUGGACCCCUUGGGUAAUUGGGCCCAGGAUGUGUUACGGUGUCGUCUCUGUGAGACCCCGGGCCCCCCUAUGUACUGUGACAUUUGUCACAUACAUCUGUGUAAAGCCUGUGUGGGGGAACAUCUCUCUGAUGAGUCAAACGAUCACAAAGUGGUGACGCUUAAAAUGAGAGUAAGUACAAUCAAUUACCCACUAUGCCAAAACCACUCGGCUAAACGAUGUGAACUUCAUUGCGAAAAAUGUGACGUCCCUAUUUGUGUGCAGUGUGUAUCUUCUGGGGAACAUCUGGGCCAUAGAGCAGUUGACAUUUUAAAAAGUCUAUCCACCAAAAAAGAAACUCUAUUAAAAUAUUUACAAGAAUUAGACAAUUCCAUUUAUCCUAUGUACAUGCAGAUUUCAUCUAACAUUCAAGUUCAAAAAGAUGGCAUUAAUGAAAACUCCCAAAAAUUGACAACAGCUAUUAACAAACAUGGAGAAGACUUGCACAAAGAAAUAGACAAUUUCACCAAGAAAUUGAAAUGUGAUCUUCAUGAAAUGGACUCCAAAUACCUAGGUAUUUUGAAUAAAAAAGAAGACGAAAUUACACGCACAAUAUCUGAAAUCACACAAAGUAUUGAUGAUCUGAAGAAGUUAUUGGACUCCAAUGAUGCCAGCCUUGUCUUUGCCUACAAAUCCAAAAAUGCGAAAUUCAGAAGACUGCCUCCGAAACUUAUUGUUACCUUACCAAAAUUCCUCCCUCGGAAAAUUGAUAAAGGACAUAUUUAUAAAGAGUUCGGUUCUUUGUCAGAGUUAGCAAUAGAGUCAGAAAAAGAUGGCUAUGAAAUGGAUUCCCAAGUAGCCCAGUCUUCCUCUUUAGAGAGACCACUCGCUGAUGAACCUAGGAUCAUCACAAACAUAUACACUGAAUACAGAGGCAUCAAUGAAUUCCGCAAUGUAUCGUGUCUCAUUGACACAGAAGUAUGGACGUGUGGCAUUGACAACGUAAUGCGACUCUACAGUCUCAAAGGGGACGUAGUGAAGUCAGUCCAAACCAAGUCAGGGUACGAUCCACAGGACAUAGCAGUAACAAGCAGUGGGGAUCUAGUUUAUACUGAUAAAGAUGAUAGAACUGUGAACAUAGUGAAGAAUAAAAAGAUAAAGACAGUGAUCAGACUACAGGGGUGGAGACCCCGCAGUGUCUGUUGCACUUUCUCUGGUGAUCUCCUCGUUGUCAUGACCAGUGAUGAUUAUCAACAAACCAAAGUUGUGCGAUAUUCUGACUGUAUAGAAAAACAAAGUAUUCAGUUCAAUGACGAAGGACAACCUCUCUUUUCAUCUGGUGGUUACUAUAAAUACAUCAGUGAGAACAGGAACCUAGAUAUCUGUUUGUCAGACUCUGCAGCUUGUGCAGUAGUGGUGGUCAAUCAGGCCGGGAAACUCCGGUUUAACUACACAGGCCCACCAUCCACUACCCAUGGGUCAUUUAAUCCUCUCGGCAUCACUACGGACAGCCAGGGUCGGAUCCUGACAGCAGACACGAUCAACCACCGUGUCCACAUCCUGGAUCAGGACGGACAGUUCCUCCGCUAUAUUGACAACUGCCAAUUACAUGAGCCACGGGCCCUAUGUGUGGAUACCAGAGACAACCUCUUUGUGGCUGAGUGGGAUACUGGUAGCCUGAAGAUAAUACAAUAUACAUGUAACACGUGAACAUACCGCUUACAUAACAAUGUGAAAAGUCACACAGUGACGUAAUGUAUAUCUGAACUUUAGUUGUCGAUAAUGUACUUUCCCGUUUAUAAAUAAAACGUAAUAUAAAGAAAUGUUCGGUUCAGUUCAGUUUAUUUCACUUAAAGGCCAUAUAAAGGUACACAAGAUACAUAAACAAAAUAAGCAUAUUUACAUAUACAUGUAAACAAUAUUAUUGUGAAGUACGAAAAGUAAAUGGGGUGAACAGACAGUUUGAUUGGGGUUUUGUUGUAAUAACCAACACAAUUUGCCUUAUAUCGUAUAGUUACAUGUAUAUGAAGUCAUAGUAUAUGACAAAACAUUUUAGUGUUUGGAGAACAGUUAUCUGUAGCUAAAAACUGACUUCGUGAUUCAACAAAAAUCAUUUACUAGAUCUUGACUUUAAUGCAUUAAAUUCUAAAUUAAAUAAAAUCCAUCGCCAAUUUUGUUACAAUUACACUAUAACUUUGACUUCUUGGACACUAUUCCACCUUCCUGCUUCAUCAGGAAGGUAAGGAUUUGUAGAUUAAAUUUAGCUAAUAUUUUCUUAAUUUACUUGGUAACAAAAAUAAGUAGCGUUCACACUCAAAAUUUGAAUUUU